AUUUUAUAGAGAUUAAACAUUGAGACGAUUGUAUCAAGAUUGAUCUUGACUCUGUUUUUAUUAUGUGUAAAUCACUAAUAUGUGUCAAAAUAGAGUAUGUGAAUAGUGCAAAGUGAAUGAGUAAAUUAAAGAAAAUAGAGGGAAUACUAGGAGUGCAUAUACUGUUAGCUAAUAGCUAUGUCCUCAUCAUAAAGUUUGUUUUUGUUAAUUAAAACUAUGCUAUGAGAAGUUAUUUCCUUUUGAUUAGAUGUAUAGUGUCCAAUAACUUCAAUGAAUUGUGUUAACAUCUAUUUCUUGCCAAAUAAAAGUUUGACAAUUUGCCCAUUUUAGGCUAGCCACAAAACCACGAGCCUAGCAGAGCCAUAUUUCAACAUGACUCGGCUUAAUUUAACUUAACUUCUCAUCUUAAGCUACAUAGGUGUAUUAGCUUAGCCUUGGCUCAUGAGCUUGAACUCCUCUCAAAAUCAAUGUUCAAAACAAUGAACAUAUCUUAAGUUUAUAAGUGCUGCUGCUCUGGUGCUGUUCAACUCAGACAAGCAGGCAAGCUGUGCUGAGAAUCUCAUUACAUUUUAAAAGGUGAAUUAUUUAUAAAAUAUAAUUGUUUUUGGGCUCGGCUUAUUGAGUACUUGAACUACAAUUGAAUUUCAACCUGGCUUGUUCAUAAAAUGAACUAAGUCGAGCAGAAAUUUUAGCCAAUCUAAUUUUGAUUUAUUCAAAAUCGGCUUUGUUGGUGACCACUCUUAGUCCCUAGAUACUAACUAGUCACUAUUGUGGCAUUGAUCAACACUUCACUUUAUUGACACUAAUUAGCUGACCUGGGAUUUUUAAUUGUCUAAAAGAGCAACCUUUUCUUUGUCAUUUUCCUUUGUUUUAUAUACUUAUUUCUAGUUCAUAUAUAGAAGAUAGAGUGAUGGGUUAUGUAUGGUAUCACCAUGAUUAAAAUAACUUCUGAUAUUUAGAGUUGAUGUGUUGUUUGUUUCUAUAAUCCUGUUACUCAACCUCACUAAUCUGUCUUAUUCUUGACUGAUGAGUAAAUAGGUUUAUUAUAUUGUUCAACUUGGCCCUAUUCUAAGUAUUAUAUAGUUUGAUUAAGGGUUAUAAUAAACUUUUCUUUGAAAGUUUAACCAUAUAAUUAAGUUAUAUACAAUAUACAAUAAUACUGGUAUUCAGGAUUUCUGCAAGUUCUAGAAUCGGUUGUCUCUUCAUUCAAAACAUUGCUAUUCAGAAUCUCUAGCUAAUUGAAUAUUCCUUGAAUUCUGAGCUUAGUCGUAUACAACGGCUUCAAGUACAAGAAAAUAACACCACCAAGGAGAAAUAAUCAUUGUUCUGUUGUUGAUCUGUCUCUGAUCAUCCCAACUGCCAAAACAUUAAGCCUCAGAAAUCUGUGUCUUAGAAAGAUCUUCGAUCCUUAAUUCUUUCGUAAAUAAUUUAGUUGUAUAUUCUGUUUCUUAAUUCUUUACGAUCUCUUUGAUUUUUUUUUUUUUUGGUGUAAUGGAAUCGAGUUUUCUAGUCCAAAGUCAAGAGCUUCCUGAUUUUGGCUUGUUUAUAACCAAGAAUCUGGAGCUACAUUGUAAAUCAUUAGGAUGGGUAGGAGAGUCACCACUUUCUGACAGUAAAAUGGAUGAGGUUGUAAAGAAACCAGAUAGCUUUGGCAAAAAAGUUAUCUCAGAGAGGAAGAAUUCAAUUGCUCUGAGGAACCAUUGUGAGGCUGAGAGGCGAAGAAGAGAGAGAAUCAAUGGUCAUUUUGCUACCCUCCGGAAUUUCCUUCCUUCAGCUGUUAAGAUUGACAAAGCAACACUGCUAGCUGAAGUAAUUGCCCAAGUCAGAAUGCUAAAGAAGCAAGCAUACGAGGCUUCCAAGGGGCUGCUCGUACCAACAGAUGCUGAUGAAGUUGUAGUUGAGCCAUACAAUGAUGAAGACAUAGCUCAUGGAUCUUUUGCUUUCAAGGUUUCAGUAUGCUGCUGUUACAAGCCAGAACUCAUCCCAGAUAUGAGGCAAGCCAUCAAUGACCUUGAACUCACUAUAGCCAAGGCAGAGAUUUCUACCUUAGAGGGCAGGGUAAAGAAUGUUCUUAUUGUCACUGGAUACAAAGAGGACACUGGUGAUGACAAAACAGACAAAUUCGCUAAGUGUAUACACGAAGCCCUGUGUUCUGUUCUCCAGAAGCUUUCUGCGUCAGAAGAGUACUCGCCAACUUCAACAUUACCAAACAAGAGACGAAAAGUCUCCUGCUUUGAAUCCUCAAUAUCGAGCCCAUCUUUGUGAGUUAACACCCUUGAGAAUUGAGAUGUACUUCCAAGUCUCCUAGGCCUAAUACCAUCGUAUAAUUUGAUUUGAGAAAAGAAGUAGGAUUUUUGAAAAGUUUCUGAUGUAGAGCAUCGACGCUUUGAUCCCGUGCCAUGUAAGAAAAACAAAUUACAUAUGUACUUGGCAGUUUGAUUCUGUAACAAGAACAUAUACUUGGACAUUGAUUCUUCUAAUGAUCAAAGAUGUCUAGGCAA